AAGAAAUUAGUCAUGGAGAAGGUUCCCAUAGCAAAGGUUUCUCACCCACCUUACUUUCAGAUGAUUAAGGAAGAUUUGAUGCCAUUGAAUGAGAAAGGUGGAUUAAAAUCAUGUGCUAAGUACAUUGAAGACAAACAAAAAGGAUUCCGCGGCUGGGUUUGUGAUCAAUCUUUUCCUAUCCAAGCUGUUCUUUCUACUGCUUCUGGUGCUGUCCGAGGAGCUGUUGUUGGUGCUGUCCAAGGAACCCUGGCCAAGUUCAAGUCAGUCAAUGAUUUCAUUCCUUUUGGAAAUUUGGGCACUACUCGUCAACAAGCUCGUGCAUUCUCUGUUUUGAUGGCAACAGAUAAUGUUGUGUCUUGUGUUAUGAAAAAAAAUCGUGGAAAGAAGAUGUUGUUGAGUCUAGGUUUUGCUGCUGGGGUCAUGUUUAAACUAGUCAACAAUGGUUCAAUUGCUGAUGCAAUGGUGUUUGGAGCACUUUUUGCAGUUUGGCAUGGUGUUUGGCAUGAGGUUUUAAACUCUCCUCAGCCACCAGUUUUGGAUGAUGCAUGCUUUAUCAAGACAAGAUGCAUGUUGUCAGAUCUAGACCUUCAAUAUUAUGAGAAGAACUUUAAGAAGAACAUGUUAAUGGACCGUACUAUGCCUUACCUUAAAGACAGUGAUCUGAAAGAAGCAGAAAUUCCUCUUGGAGCACGAGUCUUGAUACUUAAUCACAUUGAAAGUAACAAAAACAUCUAGGGAUCCAUCAGCCGAAGAUGCACAUAUACUGAAGACAAAAAUUCAAGAUUCUGACAUUAACCUUAGCAAGUAGUAUUGACUAGAGAGAGCCUUAAAAAGUGAUAUAUGAGUCCUUAACACUGUUUUAGUAAGCCAGAGUAUCUUGAUUAACUUUAAUUAAUCAAGCAUAUAAAGUUUCUU